UGUUGUCGGAAUUUCCGCAUUCGACGCACGCGAUCGCCUCACUUAUUUCGCCAAGAGUUGAGUUUUCUCUAACCGCGGAAGCCGGCCCACGAAUCGAACCCGUCCGAUAGCCCUGUACGUCGUGUACGAAGGUCCACUUCCGCAUCGACAAUGACUGAUAUUUUAGAAAAGUGAAUUAGUUCGCGAGGAUAAACCGGGUGAAGUCACACGGAGUUACGUCGCGCGCAAGGUCGCCCGUAAUCGCCGCACAUGUUUCCUAAAUUUGGGAAAGCAUAUCGGUGCAAUAAAAAUUCCGCCUGCAUUUAUCAUCUUAUGUAAACUGGCAAUAACCGCAUCGAUAUUGAACCAGGUUUAUCGACUCCGGUUAAAGUACCGUGGCAAUAUUGCACUCUAGUUGAUUCACCUGCAAAGUUUCGAAGCCGCCGAGUUUAGUUUACCGCAUCGAACAGGUGACGCGAGCCAAGAACCGUAUAUAUAUUCCCCUACCGAAUCGAAAGAUUGCAAGAUUUGUUUACCGGAAACUCGAAACUUUAUCCUUCAGUUUCAGGAAUUUUUGAAAAGCUUCUUUUGCCGGGAUACGAGCGUUUGAAAAAUGAUUUCGACAAAAUUUCUGCCACAAUAGGACAGCGGGCGAUGUAACGAGUUAGGACGUCGACCUUCCGACUCCGCGGAGAAGCGUUUCCGUAUUUUUCCAAUUAACACGGACCAGUUGGGGCGGAAGUUUUCCAAAGAUCCGUACGUGUGUCCUCCGGUGACGUAAGACGUAUAAAAGCGUCGCUUUUCGUUUGUGUAACCAAUUUCGACGAGGGAGCGGGGGAGGACUGCGGUGCCGUACUAAUUGUAAGCCAGCUGGGUGAUAGCGGACGAGACUCGAUUCAUUAUGGACUCAAUCGUUCGUCCUCGUUACAGUCACUCGGUAUCGGGCGUCGGCACCUGCGGUGCUCUUCCAGCAUAAAUUCUUUUUUCACGAGAAAUGGAAAUCGGUCGUACUCUCUCGACGAGGGAAGCGAUGGACGAUAAACGUAUUCCCGGUGACCGAAUAUUCUCAGAUAAUUAUAGGUAGAACGAGUGGAAAUCAAAGUACCCGCUACCGCGAUCCGUCAGGUGAAGUUACAUUAGGUGAUAAGUUAUAAAAACUUUCGUUGGACUAUGACGAGAGAUAAUUCGCGGUGGCCGCGUAGAACGAUAAGUCCAACUAUUACCGUGCGUUCGUCGUGAAGUGUUCAAACUUGCAGUUCUUCAAAAGAGGAAAACUCGUUUGUCGUUUCGUACAACAUGACGUUGCGAAAAAGCAAGAAGAAGGGUCCGUGCGAGAGCACCACGGGCAAAGUGAAAACUUCAGCGGAUGAGGGAAAUGCCGGAGCAACGGUCGGUCCCUCCCAAUCGAAGACGGCCACAAAAACGAGCAGAGGCACCAAGACGAUCCGCAGGGAUUCGGCCGAUCGCGAGAAGGACGUCAGCGGACCCUCGGGAGACAACUCGCAGGGAAAAUUAUCAGGUUCGGUAAAAUCCAAGAAGGUCGGAAACAAACUAGCAGCUCCCGAAGGAAGCAUGGAUCGAAGGCCUUCGCUUCGCCGCAAACUUGGGACUUUCAUAAGAAGCAGCGCCGAUCAAUUGCCAGCCGCUAUUAAUCGAGGACUUGCACCGAUCCGACGCAGCUUCAGCUUCAGCAAAGAUCUCGACAACGUUCACGAAAAACCGUCGCCUUACAGAACGCGGGGUGCCCACUGGUACAACAGCCUCGUUUCCUUAGCCGAGGAUCGCACGGUGGACGAUACUAAAAACGAAAUCACCGACGAUCGACGACAACGCGAUCACGGGGGAGAUGCCAGAGCGGCAAAAUCCGCACCGCGAGUUUUGGCGCAAACAGUCGACGAAACCGAUCAACCGAUCGAGGAUGAGUUCGGCGGAAGAAUUCUCACCAGGGCGCAGAGCCUGAUAGAAAAACAUCCCGCGACCUGUGACCCGUACCGAAGGACGUACAGAAGAUCUCGCACCGCUGGACGUUUUCCGCCUGCACCGUUCGGACGCCACAGCGACCAUUAUGACUCGAGCGUAGACCUCAGCUGCCCACCCUAUCAAGCCACCAGUCUGCCGGCUCUGAUCCUACACCGUGGAAACCCCAACGAAAAUGACUCCGCGUCAACGUGCUUCCGGAGGAGGGAUGUACAAAUGGGGGACGGAUGGGGACACCUGAAAACCGUCACUCGCAGCACCUCCUCAGCUUUGUUUCCGCAUUCUAGCCCCCGGAGUUCCGUUGACUGCUUGGUGCGUUCCCGUUCUCUGACUCAGCUGGACGCCUUGGGUACCAGCAUGCUGGAUCCGGAGGAGCAUCGCCUCGGGGGUGCAGCUGCGGCGGCUGUGGAUCACCACCAAUCGCACGGCCAUCCCCAUAGCGCGGGCGAGUGCAGCCCCCGGCUACUGGUACCGAAUGUCCCGCAGGUCGACCAAGUCCAUUCGAACAAGGCGAGGCAUAAGCUAUCCAGAUCUCAGGUAUCAAGCAGCGAGUACUUCAGCGUCUGCUUCGAAGUCGGUGACGACGUCGCCACCUUGGAUCGCGAGGAGUUUCUGCCUGCCACAAAGGGAACCACUUUGGCGGAGGCACUCAGCGGGGCGUGCGACCGUCGAGGCAUAGACCUGGGUAGAAUCGACGUUUUUCUGGACGCUUUUAGCACCCCAUUGCCCGUUCUCACCACCGAGGCAUCGUGCAUGGGAGGGAAGCACCUUCGCGUCACCGCGAGAGACGAAAGGGCCAAUUCCAGAUCUUCCGUUCAAAAAAGUAAUCCGAACGUGUCCUUACGCAGAGCUUGCGGGAGUAACAGGGGGCGAAGCGGACGUUUCUUCAGCGUCUCGACGGAGGAUUCGAGCGUGGACUCGGAGGUCCCCGCGGUCUCGAGUUCCGCGGCCGGCGGUAAGUCCUCUUCGGGUGCAGCAGGUCUGAAAGCUAGCAAGCAGCGGUGGAGCGGGUUCUUCACGAACACGAAGGGCACGAAAAUGGAAUCCCUCGUCGAACAACUGAACGAGUACACGAAACACGGAGUGCCCAAACUGGCCAACAUCCAAUUGCCCUUCCUCGUGGAACACGAUGCCGACGACGAAGAGGGUUUUUACAUGCUCGAGGAUGACUGGCGGGAUAUCGUCGAUGUGUCCGAUCGUCUCACUGAGAAGCAGCAGCAGCAGCAAACCGCGCUUUGGGAACUUGCGCAGACGGAAGUCGCUUAUAUAAGGACGCUGAAAGUCGUCACCGACCUGUUCAUGGCUUGCCUUUGCAGCCUUCAGGCGAACGGUAUACUCAUCGAAGUUGAUCGCGGCAAGCUAUUCGGCAACAUACCCGACAUAUACGCCGCGAACCGCUUCUUCUGGGGCGAACAUCUCCUAGCAAUGGUGAACGCCGCUAGGGUCACGCGUCUGCCGCUUGACCCCGGCGACCUUCUUCACGGAUUCGCAACCUUCGAACAGACCUUCGCGCCCUACUCGAGGUACUGCGCGGAACAGAGCCGUUGCCAACAGUACUGUAGGGACCGUCUCAACGACAACGAACUCUUUACGGCUUACCUCGUGUGGUGCGAAACACAGAAAGACUGCAAUCGUCUGAGGCUUUUAGAUAUUUUGGUAAAGCCGAUGCAGAGGUUGACCAAAUACUCCCUCCUCUUAAAGGCCGUCCACAAAAACACGGAAAACGAAGAGCAGCGAUCGGAGCUCACGACUAUGAUUAAAUCGGUGGAUCAAUUCGUUGCCUCGGUGAACGCGGCACUGAGAAGAAACGAGGAAACCGCUCGACUCGCUAGCGCGGCUGCCCGCCUCGAAAACUACGACGUCGUGGAGUCUCGCGACGAAGAAUUGGACCGUCUGGUGAAGAGCCACAGUUAUCUCGACAUCAUAACUGCACCCAUGCCCGGGUGUCCGAAGGACGCGCCCAGAACCCUACUCAGAGAAGGGGACCUGAAAUUGAGAGACGGUGCGACAAGCAAGAUGGAGGUGCGAGUUCUUCUCCUCACCGACAUGCUCUUGGUGUGCAAGCCGUCGACGAAGAAGACCUCCUCGAGUAGCGGGCCCGGGGGAGGCGGCGCUGUACCGGGUGGUCUCAAGAUUGUUCGGCAGCCUUACGUAGUCGACAAAAUUCGCGUGAACGAGCUCAAGGAACCCUCGAGCUUGGGUCUCGUCUAUUUGAACGACUACGGGUCAGCGUGCGCCGCCCUCAUCCUAAGCGCCGGGGAACCCAAAUUGGCCAAGUCGUGGGUCGAAUCACUCCGCAAGGCGCAGCAGCAGUUCGCGCGCAUGAAGAUCACUUCAAUCGGCAUGAGUGGUCCGACUUUGCCGGUGAGCAGGCAGGCGAGCACCUACCUGGGUGACGGUGACUUCGAGGUCGACGAUGCCGAAGGUGCCGCGGCGCGAACCCCGCGUGGAAGCAGCCGGGCGUCUCGCGUUAGCAGUCUCGCGCACAGUCACAGCGGCAGUAUGGAAAUGGACGGCGUCUCACCCGGAAGCAGCAGCUUCAUAGCGAGUUUCAACCCCAGUAGGAAUGUGAGCGUCGAGACGAACGAACCACCCGGUGCCUCGAGUGUCUCUUCCGAAGAAGGUGGCAGCGAACUGGGCGCUUCGGGGCACACGCACAGGCCUCUGCAAGUCAGGCGAUCGCUUCUCUGCAAGUCUCCGACUCCGAACACAUUGAGUGUCCAAGUCCCGGCUUAUUCCGGUCUAGGACAAUCCCUGCCGAACUUGACUUUGGCCACGUCGCCUCAAACCUCGACCGUCUCGCCGACACCCCCGAACUCUCUGCUCAUCGUUCCCCAGAUUACCAAAAGCAAGGACACGCUGCUCUCACCGGGACAUCGAGGUAUAUCGUAUCCACCGCCUUCGCCACCAAGGGGAGCUUUGCGUCGAGCGUUUGCGGUACCGCAAUCGCGGAACCCACCCCUGAUAAAGACUCGACACGUGAACGCCUCGGUGGCACCGCAGCCGAUUCAGCCGACGCAGAGUCUCGACGCUGACCUCAUCGAGGAAAGACGACGAAGACUCGAACCCUCGGCGAGGAUGUCGUCGACCGGGAGUAUCGCCGAUGGAAAGUAACGAGCUUCGGGGUUUGUCAAGGUGAAAUUUUGUCGAUGGCUCUGCAGGGUGACCCUCGAUGACGAAUCGGGUACCGAUAUAUUGUCCGGUUUUAUCGGCCACGGGACUCGCGGUGGACAGGACUCUAGUCCAGCCUCCCCGACGUUUUCCAACUUGAGGAAUCGAGAGACCCUAACCCCCCCCCCCCCCCACCUCACCCUCUCCCUCUCCCUCUCCCAACCCUUCCAACAGCUGCCCGUGUGCAAAUGAUGCGCACAUUCGCUAACGGCGAAGGAGCGGCUGCGAUUAUUCUUCAAUAUCACUAAACUCAAAUCAACGCAACUGCUUCAAUUCUAUCACUGCAAGACACACGUACAUAUAUACUGGAGGCAUACUUGAAUAGACAACUAUGAAAUACAGCUUACAAAUGAACAAAUCAAGUAAUUCCGCAAUCGAUUGGGGCCAUUCGAGAACAACGUGAAAUUUAUCAAACAGUUCAAUGUAACGAUUAAUAUUAAUUUUAUAAUAGAUGAUGAUACAAUAAGAUAGCGAAUAUAGAACAGAACACAAAAUAAUAUUAUAUAGAAAGAGAUGCAUAUACAUAUUACGUAUUGUUUUACGUAUGUAAUAGACCCAAUCUUCUUGAAGUUCAUGGUAGCGUAUCGUAAGAAAUGUAAAAACAUAUUAAUAUACAUAUUUAUAUACACAUUAUACACAAAGGUAUAUCAAUAGGUGUACACACAUACAUAUGUACAGGGUACGGCAUUUAUGGUGUUGAGAGCUAAUAAGUUUUUGAGGGUCUGAUCAGACGGUCGCAUAUGCCAGUACAGAGCUUUUUCAUGUUUUUCGCGCAAAAUAAAGCAAUACAAAAAAAUUCACGCCACCUUCAAACUUCACAAAUUCUAAAAUAUCGUACGACGGUCGUUGACGAUCUUACGAUAUCGCGAUAUUCGUUGAUACCGACGAUUGUCCUACAGUAUAUUAAAGUUUCUUCGUUCCACCGGUCGGAGUGAUGGUAAAAAACUGUAUAACGCUGCACGUUUCGUCUAAAAAUUGAACGAAUGCCACGACGUAUUAAAAUUUUUCACGCCACGCAAAAGGUCGUCACUUGAGACACCGAGUUUUUUAUUCACAGUCUUAUUGAAAAAGGUUGAAAUAUUUUUGAGACAUCAGGUUUUACCGCUCCAAAAGCCCUACCUCGUAGAAUAUGUAUAUAUAUGUAUAUAUAGUAUAGUAAAGAGAGAGAGGAAACGUAGUUUUACAACGUUGAGCUCUGUAAUCUUGAAAAAAAGGCCUACGUAGUGUUACUUAAACUGUAAUUCGAUAGUCAGUAGUAUGGACUAUACGCCUAUAGCAAAGUGUGAUCAUUAGAGAGAGAGAGAAAAAGAGAGAGAGAGAGUAUGAGAGAAACGAAAAUUUAUAAAUUGUUAGCUAUUGUUCCGCAGGCAUAAGAUCCUCACCUCAGUCCAUGGAGUACUGGAAUCGCAGCGCCACAUAACAUGCUACACAGGGUGUAUCGCGAACAACGAAAAUCGUAUUUGUCUGUUACAAGGGAGCUACAUAAUCAAUGCGCUGUGGGAGUAUGCCACUGAGCGAAGGUAAUUUGAAAAAAACAAAUAAAAAAAUACCAACGAUAACAGAAAACUCCCAGGACUUGAAUUUGCGAUGCUCCGUGGGCGUGUGCGGACCUCACGUCUGAAGCGAAUUGAACCGACUUGAUGCAAUUCUGUCCGAAAAAUAUUACUUCAUAAGUACAAAUCUGAAAAUCGACGUUGUAAAUAAUUAUAUUUAUAACGAAUAUUCUCGCCCGAUCGGGAUAAGUUGAUUUUAAGUUCCACGCGAUAUUUUGGUUCUCAACCGAUACGAGAUAACAAGUGUAGAGCCAUACUCAGUAAUAUCAAACGAACGAAGGAACGAAAAUUUAUAACCCUGUUAUACAGGGCAACCAUGGGCAGAAACUUGUCCCGGUUGAUCGAGAAUAUCCCAUAAACCGUCACGUGGGGCAACCGAGAACGGUGUCGCAGGUGUCAGUUGAUAUCGAAACGAGCGAUUUAACUGUAGCAUAAAAUUAGAAGAAGAAAGUAAGGCGUAUUGUAUCACCAGGUGAAUUGGACCGCUGUAUAGGAAAGUACAAGAAUACAAUCAAUCUCUACGUACAAUAUCGACAUAGUAUGUUAUUGUAGGUAUCUGAAAAUAUAACUGCAUUGUUUUUAUUGUUUGUAA